GGUGGUUAAAAGUUGUUUUCUUGCACUCUGACGCAUUGGAGUUGUCACCCUCGCCAGGAGUGGCUCUUUUUGGACUAUUGAACCACAGCCAGCUGAUGACAAGAUUGGUUGGCCCAGGGCUUCUCCCCACAAGGUUCCUCCCUGCAGCGUAGGAGGGCCAGACCACAGAGCAGACAGUGGGGCACUGCUGCUAUCGGCCCCACCAGGCGGCUGCAUGGCCAGGCGGGCUCCCUGGGAGCGGCUGCACGAGGAGGCGCGCUGCCCCGUGUGCCUGGACUUUCUGCAGGACCCCGUCAGCGUGGACUGCGGCCACAGCUUCUGCCUCCGCUGCAUCUCCGAGUUCUGCGACAGGUCCGACUGCGCGCUGGGCGCCAUCUACUCCUGCCCCCAGUGUAGAGGCCCCUUUGAUCGCAGCAGCUUCCGGCCCAACCGGCAGCUGGCGGGCCUGGUGGAGAGCGUGCGGCAGCUGGGGCUGGGGCCUGGGCUGGGCACCGAGCAUGCGAGGACGCGCUGCUGUGCAAGCCACGGCGAGGAGCUCACCCGCUUCUGCGAGGACGACCAGGAGGUGCUCUGCUGGGUCUGCGACACGGGCCCAGAGCACCUGGCGCACCGCACGCUGCCACUGCAGGAGGCCGCCCAGAGCCAUCAGGUAAAGCUCCAGAUGGCACUGGAACUCGUGAAGAAAGAGAUAAAGGAGACCUUGACUCAGGAGUCCAAUGUGGGGAAGAAAACUGUCAUCUGGAAAGAGAAGGUGGAGAUGCUGAGACAGCGCUUUAGACUGGAGUUUGAGAAGUAUCGAGGCUUCCUGGUGCAGGAGGAGCACCUGCAGCUCAGGCAUUUGGAGGAGGAGGAGCGCACUAUGAUGACAAAGCUGCGGGACUAUAAAAGCCGUCUAGGGCAGCGGGGCCGCAUGCUGCGGGAGUUGGCAGAGGAGAUGGAGGAGCUCAGCCAGCAACCUGCCCUGGGCUUGCUGGAGGGUGUGAGAGGAGCCUUGAACCGAAGCCAGAGUGUCACCCAGCUGGAACUGGAGAACACACCCAUGGAGCUGAAGACCCUGUGCCGCAUCCCAGGGAUGAGGGAAAUGCUGAGGAAGUUCCAAGUGGAUGUGAAGCUAGACCCUGCCACGGCACAUCCGAGCCUCCUGGUGACUACUGACCUGCGCAGAGUGCAGGAUGGAGAACUCUGGAGAGAUGUCCCCAACAACCCAGAGCGCUUUGACACAUGGCCCUGCAUUCUGGGUCUGCAGAGCUUCUCAUCUGGGCGGCACUACUGGGAAGUUAGAGUGGAAGGAAGAGCAGAGUGGGGGUUAGGAGUCUGCCAGGAUACAGUACAGAGAAAGGGGGAGACCACACCAUCCCCUGAGAAUGGGGUAUGGGCAAUAUGGCUACUGAAAGGGAAUGAGUACAUGGUUCUUGCUUCUCCUUCAGUGCCUCUCCUCCACCUAGAACGGCCUCGCUGCAUUGGGAUCUUCUUGGACUAUGAAGCAGGUGAAAUUUCCUUCUACAACAUGUCAACUGGAUCUUACAUCUACACAUUUAACCAACUGUUCUCUGGCCACCUGCGGCCUUAUUUUUUCAUCUGUGACAUGACUCCUUUCAAUUUGCCACCGAUAACAGAAACAGAGUCCGAAAAUUGGUCAUCCAUAGAUCCUGCUGGCCCUGAUUGCAGUAUUAGAGAUGAUCAUUCCUAAAAAUUCUGUUCCCAAGAAUGUUCCUCAGGUAAAGUGGAGGAUACAACAUGGAGGCCCCCAUUUGCCAGAUUCUUCUUAUUAUGGAAGUUCUCCCACAGGGAAAUUGGCAAACAGGAACUCUGGGAUCCAGGAGGACUGUGGAGCAUAAGCAAUUUAUACAUGGAACACUCUCUUCAUGCCCUCUGCAGAGGGCUCCAUGCAUUUUCAUAAGUUUCUUCAAAAGAGUGGUCUUGUGUCAGUAAAUAUUUGACGUUAUUUAUCAAGGCUUUUCAUUCUUUUUAGUAUCUUUUCAUUCUCAAUCUCCCAUAUAUUAAGAUUCCAAAAUGAUAAUAAAUGGUUUCAGAACAAUACAAUCUAUGCAGCAUCAAAUUUGUAA